AUGGCUUCAACCUUCCUAGGUCAACUCGCUGGGCAGGUCUCCUUCUACUCGUUCGGCUUCUUCAAUUGGUGCCUGUUCCUGGGCCUUUUUGUGAAAAAUGGAACGUUCUUCAGGAAGGAUACCGAGCAAGAUAAGCUGCAGUUUGCCAUUGAAAGAGAUCGCUUCUGGAACCUGAGCAAAUCACCUUUCCCUGGCUUCAAGCACUUCUUUUACACCCUCCGCAGUGGCCGCAGACUGCACUAUAUUAGCAACCGGGAUGGAACCUCACAGGGCAACUUGGUGAUUUUCUUCCACGGGUUUCCCGACAGUUCAAUGAUGUGGAGACAUCUCUUGCAAGAGCCUGCCAUGCCAGUCCGCGAUGCUACGCUGGUCUGCGUCGACUUACCGGGGUACGGAGGAAGUGACAGUUUCAAGCAGUACGAUACAGAAGUGCUCGAAGCUCUCACGGAAUUUGUGGUGGCAAUGAGGGACAAGUACAUCCCAGCGGACGACUCAGACGAGACGAGCACGUUCAUCGUGGGCCAUGACUGGGGGUGUGUUUUAGGGUUUCGCCUGGCCGCAGAGGCUCCCAGCCUUGCAGAUCGCUUCAUUCUGACCAACGCGCCGCACAUUGAACUCGCCUUUGCGAACAAGGACCGGAUCCUGAACUCGGCCUCGAAAAUCUUCAAGCAGUUCAAGCAAUCUCCGAAACAGAAUUUUGGGUGUUUGUCAAAGGCAUUGAACACGUUGAAGCCAUUGAUGGUGCAAACAUUAUUGAUGGGCUACAUUUUUGCGUUCCACCUACCUUCGACCCUUGUCCGAUAUCUGGGUGUUGCCGGGAACUAUUCGUUCAUACGAGGGGCAAACUGGUCAGCGUACGAGAAAGGGUCAAAGGAAUAUCGUGCUCAAGAAUGCAUGGCCUCUUCUUUCGGCCCUGGCCCAGAGGAGUGCAAGUCAUCGAUUCCGACUGUUAACGGUGUGGCCAACUCCACCAAUGGAGAGACUCAAGCAGACCGGUACGGCCCCAGCGUACUGCAGCGAGCACGAUCCCCCCAGGAGGCUUUCUGGCAUAUGACAGCUUAUUAUCGUGACGGAGUGGGUUGGCGUCCAUGGAGCAAAUCGCUCGAGACCAUAACCGACCUCUACGCUCUGGAAACCUCGGCAUCGGAAUCCAGCUCUCCCGGCAGACGUCGGUCUUCAGUUUCGCAAUCCUUGUUUGUCGAUCAGUACAAGGGAAGUCUCAAAGCACCCACGUACGUCCUCUGGGGAGAGAAAGAUCAAGCUUGUUCCAAACCAAUCUGUCUGGACGGGAUUGGAGACUACUUGGGCAGAGACAGCGAAGUGACAAUCCUUCCACGAAGUGGUCAUUGGACUCCUGUUCAGAAAGACGCUCGACCAGCUCUAGCUACCGUGAUUGGGUUAUAUGCUGGAGGAGGUGCACGACCGGUGGCAAAAAUGACCACAGAAGUGCAGAAAGUGUAUGAAGGGGCUGUUUUGAUGGUGAAGAAAUGA